UCCAGCCCGUACUUAGUCUUCUCCUCUCCUCUCCUCUCUUUGCCCAUCGGUAUAUUAGUAGACGUAAUAACUCGUAGCCAUGCUCACAGUUAAACCUUAGGCACUUGCACUUGCACCACCAAGCCGCAGCAGCCACCAUGUCUAGUUCACCUCCUCCGGACGCCGGCGGGUCGCCACCGGUUACUCCAUCUCCGACGCCUCCGGUUACGCCGGUGACCCCAUCUCCUCCAGACAAUCCCGUCGUGACGCCUCCGGUGGCCCCAGUGAAUAGCCCACCUCCUCCGGACACUAGCAUGUUUACUCCGCCUCCUCCGGUGACUCCAUCACCACCGCCUCCGGAAGCCACUCCUCCUCCUCCUCCGGUGACUCCAUCACCACCGCCUCCGGAAGCCAUUCCUCCUACUCCGGAGACUCCAUCACCACCUCCUCCGGCAGCAAUUCCGCCUUCUCCGGUGACUGCUCCACCACCACCUCCUCCGGUAGCAAUUCCACCUUCACUACCUCCUCAGGUAGCAGCAGUUCCGCCUACUACCGCGAAACCCCCGACCAUCGUAAAUCCUCCAGUGGAGCCACCGGCAGACCCUCCAGCGGAACCCCCGGUGAAUCCUCCUCCGCCACCACCGUCGCCACCUCCACCAAGGCCGCCGACGCGGCCAAACCCAACGCCAGUUACGCCGUCGCCGCCUCCACCAAGUCCCACGCCUACGCCAAACCCAACACCAGCUCCUCCCAGGCCGCCGCCAUCAUCCCCAGCUCCGCCGACCGACGUGCCACGUUCAUCUCCACCGCCGCCUGACGCCACGCCGCCACCUCCUGACGACGUCCCAUAUUCGCCGCCGGCCCCGAACGACGCCCCAGCUGAACAAGCGCCUCCGCCGUCACCUGUAACGUGGUCUCCGCCUCCUCCGCCGCUCUCAACGGACGCGCCGGCGACCUUGGCCAAGUCCUCGUCAAGCAGCAAGACCACGGUGGGCGUGGGCGUGGGCGUGGCCGUCGGGGCGGUGGUUUUGCUCGGCCUCGCGGCAGUCAUCUUCUUCUUCCUGGCCAGGCGGCGCCGUCGCCGUAGGGUGCCGCCGCCCGGGACUCGAGGUGCGUACACGAAGCAGCCCUGAUUUUCUGAAACU